AUGCAGCGACUCUGUAGGGCAAGCAGCGCCGCCCUGCGUGCGACUCGCUCGCAAUGUCUUUCAAAACCCUCAUCCUCCCUCUGCGCCUCCCGCCGCCCUCUCGCCCUCUUGACUCAGAAGCGAUACAAGAGCGCUCUCUUCAACGCCCCUGACCCCAACGACAACUUCCUCCAAGGCGAGAAUGCGAACUAUAUCGACGAGAUGUACGUGCAGUACAAGCAGGACCCAAAGAGCGUCCACGUCUCAUGGCAGGUCUACUUCAAGAACAUCGAGAGCGGCAACAUGCCCAUCUCGCAGGCUUUCCAGCCGCCCCCGAACCUGGUCCCCAGCUCCUCCGCCGCCGUCACCGGCCUGGCCGCCGGUGCAGGCGUUGGCAUCGGCGAGGGCUCCGACAUCGACAACCACCUCAAGGUCCAGCUGCUGGUGCGCGCGUAUCAGGCAAGAGGGCACCACAAGGCGAGAAUUGACCCCCUCGGCAUCCGUCAGGAGCAGAAGGGCUUCGGAAACAUCAAGCCCAAGGAGCUGGAGCUGGACUACUACCAGUUCACCGAGAAGGACCUGGACACCGAGUACACCCUGGGGCCCGGCAUCCUGCCCCGCUUCAAGAGGGACGGCCGUGAGAAGAUGACUCUGCGCGAGAUCAUCGAUGCUUGCGAGAGGAUCUACUGUGGCUCCUUCGGUGCAGAGUUUAUACACAUCCCGGACAGGGAGAAGUGCGACUGGCUGAGGGAGCGCAUCGAAGUCCCCAAGCCAUUCACCUAUUCCCACGACGAGAAGAGGCGCAUCCUGGACCGCCUCAUCUGGAGCUCGAGCUUCGAGUCCUUCCUAGCCACCAAGUACCCCAACGACAAGCGGUUCGGUCUUGAAGGCUGUGAGACCCUGGUUCCCGGAAUGAAGGCCCUCAUCGACCGUAGUGUCGACUACGGCGUCAAGGACAUAAUUAUUGGAAUGCCCCACCGUGGGCGUCUGAAUGUGCUCAGCAACGUCGUCCGCAAGCCCAACGAGUCCAUUUUCAGCGAAUUCGCAGGUACUUCGGCUGCCGAGGACGAGGGCUCUGGCGAUGUCAAGUACCACCUGGGUAUGAACUUCGAGAGGCCCACCCCGUCUGGAAAGCGCGUCCAGUUGUCUCUGGUUGCCAACCCGUCUCAUCUGGAGGCCGAGGACCCCGUCGUCCUGGGCAAGGCUCGCGCCAUUCAGCACUACAACAACGAUGAGAAGACGCACCGUACUGCGAUGGGCGUCCUCCUCCACGGUGACGCUGCCUUCGCCGCCCAGGGCGUCGUCUACGAAUGUCUCGGAUUCCAGUCUCUGCCUGCCUACUCGACGGGUGGCACCAUCCAUAUCGUCGUCAACAACCAGAUCGGCUUCACCACCGACCCUCGUUUUGCCCGCUCGACCGCCUACUGUACUGAUAUCGCCAAGGCUAUCGACGCCCCCGUCUUCCACGUCAACGCCGACGACGUCGAGGCCGUCAACUUUGUCUCUCAGCUUGCUGCUGACUGGAGGGCUGAGUUCCAGUCGGAUGUCGUCAUUGACUUGGUGUGCUACCGCAAGCACGGUCACAACGAGACAGACCAGCCCUCUUUCACGCAGCCGCUCAUGUACAAGAGGAUCCAGUCGCAUGACCCACAAAUUGACAUUUACGUGGACAAGCUGCUCAAGGACGGUACGUUCACCAAGGAGGACAUCGAAGAGCACAAGAAAUGGGUCUGGGGGAUGCUCGAAGAGAGCUUCUCAAAGUCCAAGGACUACCAGCCCACGUCCAAGGAGUGGACCACGUCCGCAUGGAACGGGUUCAAGUCCCCCAAGGAGCUCGCAACCGAGGUUCUGCCUCAUCUCCCCACCGCUGUGAGGAAGGAUACGCUGGAUCACAUCGGUGAGAUGAUCGGUGGCGCUCCCGAAGGCUUCAACAUCCACCGCAACCUGAAGCGAAUCCUGUCCAACAGGACCAAGACCGUGCUUGAGGGCAAGAACAUUGACUGGUCGACCGCCGAGGCUCUUGCGUUUGGAUCGCUCGUGUCUGAAGGACACCAUGUCCGUGUCGCCGGGCAGGACGUUGAGCGCGGAACUUUCUCUCAGCGUCAUGCAGUGUUCCACGACCAGGAGAGCGAAGACACCUACACCCCUCUGCAGCACAUCAGCAAGGACCAGGGCAAGUUUGUCAUCUCAAACUCCUCGUUGAGCGAGUAUGGUGCCAUGGGCUUCGAGUACGGCUACUCUCUAUCUUCGCCAAAUGCUUUGGUCAUGUGGGAGGCUCAGUUUGGUGACUUCGCAAACAACGCACAGUGUGUCAUCGACCAGUUCAUCGCCUCUGGCGAGGUGAAGUGGAUGCAGAGAACUGGCCUUGUCCUAUCCCUCCCCCAUGGAUACGAUGGACAAGGACCCGAGCACUCCUCCGGCCGUAUCGAGCGAUACCUGCAACUCUGCAACGAGGACCCUCGCAUCUUCCCAUCAGAGGACAAGCUGCAGCGCCAGCACCAGGACUGCAACAUGCAGAUUGCAUACAUGACAACGCCUGCCAAUUUGUUCCACGUUCUGCGGCGCCAGAUGAACAGGCAGUUCCGAAAGCCCUUGAUCAUCUUCUUCUCCAAGUCCCUUCUCCGCCACCCGAUAGCCCGCUCCAACAUCGAGGAUUUCACUGGUGACUCCCAGUUCCAGUGGAUCAUCGAGGACCCAGCCCACGAGGCCGGCGACAUCAAACCCCGCGAGGAAGUCGACCGUGUCGUGAUCUGCAGCGGACAGGUGUACACGGCGUUGCACAAGUACCGCGCCGACAACGGCAUCAAAGAUGUGGCUAUCACACGUAUCGAGCAACUCAACCCAUUCCCUUGGCAGCAACUCAAGGAGAACUUGGACAGCUACCCCAACGCUAAGACGAUCGUCUGGGCGCAGGAGGAACCGCUGAAUGCUGGCGCGUGGAGCUUCACGCAACCGCGUAUCGAGACGCUGCUCAACGAGACACAGCACCACGACCACAAGCAUGUCAUGUACGCGGGCCGCAACCCAAGCGCAUCGGUGGCGACGGGCCUGAAAGCAAACCAUGUCAAGGAGGAACAGGAGCUGCUUGAGGUUGCAUUUACGGUGACGCAGGACAAGUUGAAGGGAGAAUAA